AUGGCCGACACCAUCUUCAGCAGCGGGAAUGACCAGUGGGUUUGCCCCAAUGACCGCCAGCUCGCCUUACGAGCAAAGCUGCAGACAGGCUGGUCCGUACACACCUACCAGACUGAGAAGCAAAGGAGGAGCCAGUGCCUCAACCCAACGGAGGUGGAGACCAUCCUGCAGGUCAUCCAGAGGGCCGAGAGGCUCGACAUCAUGGAGCAGCAGAGAAUUGGGAAGCUGGUGGAAAGGCUGGAGACCAUGAGGCACAACGUGAUGGGGAAUGGCCUCUCCCAGUGUCUGCUCUGCGGGGAGGUGCUGGGCCUCCUGGGCAGCUCAUCAGUGUUCUGUAGAGACUGUAGGAAGAAAGUCUGCACCAAGUGUGGGAUCGAGGCCUCCCCCGGCCAGAAGCGGCCCCUGUGGCUGUGCAAGAUCUGCAGUGAACAGAGAGAGGUCUGGAAGAGGUCAGGGGCCUGGUUCUACAAAGGGCUCCCGAAGUACAUCCUGCCUCUGAAGACCCCUGGCCGGGCUGAUGACCCCCACCUCCGGCCUAUGCCGGUGGAACCAGCUGAGCCAGAGCCCAGGAGCACUGAGACCACCCACAUCUACACCUGGGCCCAAGGGAGAGUGAUUUCCAGUGACACAGACAGUGACUCAGAUCUCAGCUCCUCGAGCCUGGAUGACAGACUCCAACCCACUGGUCCCAGUGAUUCAAAAGGCAACAAGUCCUGGGGGGAAUCAGGUGGCAACACAGGGUCCCCCAGGAUGGAGCUGGCCCACCCACUCAGCCACCUCUCGGGGAGCCAGAGCAGCCUGGCCAGCCCACAGGGGGGCACCCCUCCCCGGCCUGACCGCAAGGGUGUGGGCGAAAGACACACCUGGGCGAGUCCUCGCUGCUGA